AUGACGACCCGGUACCGGGUGGAGUAUGCCCUGAAGUCUCAUCGGCGAGACCAACUUAUCGAAUGGAUUAAGGGAUUACUUGCUGUUCCCUUUGUGCUGCACUCCCAGCCGGCUGCUGCAUACAAGGAACACAGCCAAAACCUUGCUCAUAUUGCAGAGCGAACCCACAAUCGAUAUGUGGAGAUUAUGCGAGACGUCGAACAUCUUGUGAACGAACACAUUGAACAUCAAUUAUCAGGCCGAAAUGGCCGUUCUACACUGGGCAUGCUGAUUCCUUCCGUGGGGACAUUUUUCACCCCUCUGCUUCUCGAGGAGGCAUUCAAGUAUCAAGAUAAGAAACGAUUUAUCAGCAGUCGACGGUUUGUGCCGCCGUCGUUCAACGAUAUCCGCCUGACAUUGAAUACGGCCCAGCUAAUGGGCCUUGUCCAUCGCAGCCAAGUGCAGCUGAUUACAUUCGAUGGAGACGUCACCCUUUAUGAAGAUGGCGCUUCGUUGACGCCUGACAAUGAAGUUAUAUCCCGCAUUAUUCGCCUAUUAAGACAAGAUAAGCAAGUGGGCAUCGUGACUGCAGCUGGAUAUACCAGCGCAGACAAGUAUUAUGAACGACUCCAUGGCCUGCUGGACAUGGUCCACAGCACCACCGAGUUGACACCUGCCCAAAAGAAAUGUCUGAUAAUCCUUGGCGGUGAGAGCAACUUUAUGUUCGAAUUCGAUCCUAGCUCCCCUCAUCGGCUGAAAUGGGUGCCACGCAGCCAGUGGUUGUUGGAUGAGAUGAAAGGCUGGACCGAGCGGGACAUCAAAGAAUUACUCGAUGUAGCCGAGGCUGCGCUGCGUGACUGCGUGUCGAAUCUCAACCUACCGGCGUCGAUUCUUCGAAAGGAGCGAGCUGUAGGGAUAUAUCCACUCCAGGGCCAUAAGAUGCACCGGGAGCAGCUCGAAGAGACGGUCCUGGUUGCGCAGCAGCGGGUUGAAACGUCUCCUGUUGGCCGACGGCUGCCAUUCUGCGCGUUCAACGGCGGCAGUGACGUCUUCGUCGAUAUAGGAGACAAGUCCUGGGGGGUGCUAUGCUGCCAGAGCUUCUUCGGUGGCAUUGAUAGGUCCAAGACACUGCAUAUCGGCGAUCAAUUCCUGUCUGCCGGAGCCAACGAUUUCAAGGCUCGGCUCGCGUGCACGACAGCGUGGGUCUCGAAUCCAGGCGAGACCGUGCAACUGCUGGAUGAGCUUGCGGCGCUAGAGGGUGUUGAAUGAAGCCCCACAAGCAUUAUUGCCUAGCAGUUUAGCUAAGGAUAUCUUGUUCUUUCACGUCUGACCAUAUAUCAAUAUGUAAUGAGUUCGCCGUCCA